AUGGUCGAUCAAUUGAUUUUUGGCAUGGUAAUUGGCUUAAUGGUUCAGUUGUUGAUAGAUUGGGUAUUGUGCAUCCGCUUGGCAAAUUAUUAUGUGCCAAAGUUUCUGAUUUCAUCAGAGAUGGCUCUUGAAAUUUCAGCUGUUAGACUUCCUUAUUCAGACAUGGAGGAUAAGCUGGUGUGGUUGGAUUCUUCUGAUGGGGGUUUAUCUUUAUCUAUAGCCUAUGAGUUCAAGAGGAGUAAACAGGCAAUUGUUCUUUGGGAUAGAUGGGUUUGGCGUCAAUGCUUUCGUCCUCGAAACUCUGUUACUUUAUGGAAAUUUCUUCAUGUUUUAUCUUGGUUUAAAGUCAGUAUUCAUUUCCUGGAUAUAUAUGAUUUCUUCUCUUACCCACUGCAACAUGGUUUUGGUACUCAAUUGCAAUUGCUAUGGUGGGGAAUGAUGGGAGCUGGCUUCUACUCUCUUUGGGAGGCUAGAAAUUCUAUCCGUUUUGAUGGGCGUCGCUUAACUACUGAUUAUUUGAUUCGCUCUAUCAAGCAGCAAAUUCGAGAGGUUGAUUCUUGGGGUUUAGGAAUUAUGCGUAACUCAGUAGAUGAGCUUUGUAUUUUCAGUGCUCUUAGAAUCAGCGGUAGAGCCUCAAGAUCACAUCAAAUUCGUGAGGUAAAUUGGCAUGCUCCUUGUGCUUUUCAAUUAAAGGUUAAUACAGAUGGUGCUGCUCGUGGGACGCCUGGACUCGCGGGCUAUGGAGGUAUUUUUCGUGAUCACUUGGGUAAUUGUAUGGGUUGUUUUGCUGGUUCCUUGGGUAUUGCUACUGCCCUAGAAGCAGAGCUUCAAGCCAUUAUUCAUGCAGUUUCAAUAGCAUCAGGAAAAUGA